AUGUGGUUUGUUGGUGGAGACGGGUGGAAGUCGGACGUGGAGCAGUAUAAGAAGGCCCUAUUGGACGCAGGCUGUGACCUGUCUCCUCUACACUACAUCAAACAGUGGAAAGCGUUUACCAAAAUGGCAGCACCCACAAACUACGGCAACAGCAGCGUCAAACCCAUGGGGCUGUUCUCUCGGGUCAUGAACACUGGAUCUCAGUUUGUGAUGGAGGGCGUCAAGAACCUGGUGGUGAAACAACAUAAUCUGCCUGUGACUCGGAUCCUGGACAACCUGAUGGAGAUGAAGUCCCACCCGGAAACUGACGACUACAGAUACUUUGACCCAAAGAUGCUCCGCGGCAGUGAGAGCUCCAUUCCGAGGAACAAGAACCCGUUUCAAGAGGCGAUCGUGUUUGUGGUGGGAGGAGGGAACUACAUCGAGUACCAGAACCUGGUGGACUACGCUAAGUCCAAACAGGGAAGGAAGGUGGUGUACGGCUGCAGCGAGCUCUUCAACGCUGCUCAGUUCAUCAAACAGCUCGCUCAGCUCGGGCAGAAGUGA